AUGAUGUCGAUCUUUAGCCCUUUCGAAGCUCUUCACGCUGAAUCAAACGGCUUCAAGAUGAAACUCCUAGGUGGCCAGAAACAGAGCUCUGGUGAUAGUCAGUCGCCGGCGGCAGAGAAGCAGAAGAGCUACGGGAGGAUUCCGAUAACACCAGACGACGAAAAGAAUAAGAAGAAGGAGAAGAAGAUCCAACCGAUGAGGAUAGCUCCAGAGCUAGACGGUGUUCAUUGUUUUGAAACAAUACUUCCUUUUUGAUGAUCAUAUAAACCAAAAAAAAAUUUAAUACUUUUCUAUUUUUUAUUGAUUACUUUCAAGAAAAAUAUAUUUCCCUUUGUAUAAAGGUUAAUCAAAACUAAUCUUGAAUUAUUUAUUUUCGUUC